CGACUCAGAAUAGCAACCGAGACUGCUGGAGCACUUUCAUAUUUACACUCUGCGGCCUCUGUCCCGAUCAUCCAUCGAGAUAUCAAGCCAACAAAUAUACUUCUAGAUGAUAACUAUAUAGCAAAAGUAUCUGAUUUUGGAGCAUCCAAGCUAAUUCCUACGGAUCAGAUUGAGUUGGCUACAAUAGUCCAAGGAACACUAGGCUACUUAGACCCAGAAUACUUGCAGACGAACCAGCUGACAGAUAAGAGCGAUGUUUAUAGUUUUGGGGUCGUACUAGUAGAACUUCUAAGCGGAAAGAAGGCUCUUAGCUUUGAUAGGCCAGAGAAAGAAAGAAACCUUGCCAUGUAUUUCUUGUCUUCUUUGAAAGAAGGGACACUCUUCCAUGUUCUUGAUGAACACUUGCUGCUAAAUGAAGGUAUUCCAAACGAGAUCAUCAAUGUUUCAAGACUUGCAGAAAGAUGCUUGCGUGUGAAUGGAGAUGAAAGGCCUACCAUGAAGGAAGUGGCAAUGGAGCUGGAAGGAAUAUUGGCAUCGAUGAUACAGAGGCAUCCAUGGGUGCAAACUACUUCAAAGGAAGAAGAAUCUGAGUAUUUGCUUAAACAAGCAAUGGAUGCAGCAGCAGCAGCUGCUAUGGCGUUUUUGGGUUCAGCAACUGCUCAAGAUUCAUGUGAAACAUCAUGUGGCAAUGUGACAUAUGCUUUCCCCUUUGGUUCAGAGGAAGGAUGCUAUCUCGAUCCUGGUUUCCAGGUAACUUGUGACCGAUCAUCUGGGGAACCCAUACCUUUCUUUGGAAAUAGCACAACCAAUAUUGUUAUUACAAAUAUGUCCACCUCCGAGAGUGAGAUGGAGAUUAUGAUGUAUGUAGCCCAUGAUUGCUACAAUACCUCUGGUCCAGUCGACAAUACUGUACCAUCUUUGAGUUUGACGUAUUUUCGGAUCUCUACCAAGAACAGGUUCGUUGCCAUUGGGUGUGACACAUAUGCGUAUAUUAGUGGAGACAGAGGGGGAGAGUACCAAGAUGGCACUGGAUGCACUUCUAUUUGUGGUAGUAACACGAGCAGUAUCACGGAUGAAUCUUGCUCGGGAGUUGGGUGUUGUCAAGUAGCAAUCCCACAAGGAAUGAGCUCUUUCGAAAUCACAUUAAGUAGCUACAGAAACCAUACAGAUCUGUUGGAGCUCAACCCUUGUAGCUAUGGCUUUGUCGUUGCACCAGGGAAGUUCAACUUUUCUACCAAUAAUCUGCAUCGUUUUGGAAGCAAGAUGCCCAUGUUACUUGAAUGGGCUAUCGGGAACGAGACUUGUGAUCAGAUAGCAAGCAAGGACGACGUUGACAAAUUAUUAUGCAAAGAAAACAGUGAAUGUGAUAAGGAUUAUGGUGGUCCUGGAUAUCGCUGCCGUUGCAAACCUGGUUAUGACGGCAACCCUUAUAUUCAACAUAGCUGCAAGAAUAUUAAUGAGUGUGAACGCAAAGAUCCUAGCGUUUGCCAACAUGAAUGCGUUGAUCUCGACGGAGACUAUGAGUGUCGUUGUCCUAAAGGUUACUCUGGAGGUGACAAGAAAGAUGGAAGAGGUUGUAUUGCAGAUGAAUCGCUCGUUCUACAUAUUGUUGUCGGUACAUUAGCUGCUGCUAUAUUUCUGCUUGUAUUCAUCGCCUGGUUGUACUUGGGACUCAAGAAGCGUAAACUUCUUAUGCUUAAGGAAAAAUUCUUCAGACAAAAUGGUGGGAUAAUGUUGCAGCAAAUCUUCACCAUAGAGGAGCUUAAGAGGGCAACCAACAACUAUGAUGAGACCAGGAUUAUCGGAAAGGGUGGCUUUGGCACAGUUUAUAAAGGUGUUCUAUCGGAUAAAAGAACCGUUGCCAUCAAGAAAUCCAAACUAGUAGAUCAAACCAAAUCUCAGAUAGAGCAAUUUAUCAAUGAAGUGGUUAUCCUUUCCCAAAUCAAUCAUAGAAACGUGGUGAAGUUGAUUGGAUGUUGCUUAGAAACUGAAGUCCCCUUGUUGGUUUACGAAUUCAUUUCAAAUGGCACCCUCUCUGAUCACAUACACGAUGAAAGCAGGUUGUUGGCUCUUACUUGGGACAUCCGACUCAGAAUAGCAACCGAGACUGCUGGAGCACUUUCAUAUUUACACUCUGCGGCCUCUGUCCCGAUCAUCCAUCGAGAUAUCAA